CGGCUGCUUUGACGCCGCUAAUCAAGCUAACACCUCCGGUCACACGCUGCCCACGGACACACACACUCCCUGCGGGAUGAGUUAGAAGCGGGUCCCGGGUGCGACAGUGCACUGAAACAUGGGUCCUUGCAGUGUCCAUGUCCUGCUGCUGCUGUUGCUGAAGGCCCUGCAAUCAUCAGCUGAGGGCUCAGAUGGACAGUUGGUAUGUUUGUGUGAUAGCCCAACAUGCCCUCAGGUCACCCGCUGCCAGGGAACCCGGUGCUUCUCCUCUGUCACACUGGGCGGCAGCAGGGUGGAGUUUGAGCACGGCUGCCUGAAUGGACCGGAAAAAAUCCUGUUGCAUUGCUUCACAGCGCCGUCCUUCCACCAGGCCAUUACCUGCUGCUCUGAGACCAUGUGCAACGGCAACAACAACAGGAGCACUCUCAUGGCUCUGCUUCCAUCAUAUGAGCCAGAGGGUGAGCCAGUUCGAUAUCGUGUUGAGACCUUGGCUCUGUUUGUACUCGGCCCAGUGGUGGUUCUGGCUCUGCUCUCUGUGGUAUCGGUACUGGCCUGCAGGAGGCUCCACCACGGCCGUCUGCACAGGCUGCAGGAAUUUGACACCGAGCAGGGAGCCAUCGACGGCCUCAUCUCCUCCAAUGUGGGAGACAGCACUUUAGCGGACCUGUUGGAUCACUCGUGCACGUCAGGUUCGGGUUCGGGUCUUCCCUUCCUUGUCCAGAGAACUGUGGCCAGGCAGAUCAGUCUGAUGGAGUGUGUAGGUAAGGGCAGAUAUGGAGAAGUGUGGCGAGGUCAGUGGCAGGGCGAGAAUGUGGCUGUGAAAAUCUUCUCCUCAAGAGAUGAGAAGUCCUGGUUCAGAGAGACUGAGAUCUACAACACAGUGCUGCUACGACAUGAUAACAUACUGGGCUUCAUGGCGUCUGACAUGACUUCUCGAAACUCCAGCACACAGCUGUGGCUCAUCACCCAUUACCAUGAGAACGGCUCGCUUUAUGACUACUUGCAGCGGGUUGCCGUGGAAACCACAGAGGGCCUGGCGAUGGCGGCGUCGAUAGCGUGCGGACUCGUGCACCUGCACACCGAGAUCUUCGGCACAGAGGGGAAACCGGCCAUCGCCCACCGGGACCUGAAGAGCAAAAACAUCCUGGUCACAAAGGAGCUGCGCUGCUGCAUCGCAGACCUGGGACUGGCUGUGACCCACUUCCAGGCAGACAACGUGCUGGAUGUGGGCAACAAUCCAAAGGUUGGCACCAAGCGCUACAUGGCACCUGAAGUGCUGGACGAGAGCAUUCAGACCGACUGCUUUGAUGCUUACAAGAGAGUGGACAUCUGGGCCUUUGGACUGGUGCUAUGGGAAAUAGCACGACGCACAUACAGCAACGGUAUCGUUGAGGAGUACAAGCCUCCGUUUUAUGAUCAGGUGCCAAACGAUCCCAGCUUUGAGGACAUGAGGAAGGUGGUGUGUGUGGAGCAGCAGAGGCCUUUCAUUCCCAAUCGCUGGUUCUCUGAUCCUACUCUCUCUGCCCUGGUCAAACUCAUGAAGGAGUGUUGGUACCAGAACCCCUCGGCCAGGCUCACGGCGCUGCGCAUCAAGAAGACCCUGGACAAGAUCCACAGCUCUCUGGAGAAGGGGAAGGAGUCGUGAGAGGGAGGAGCUUCAGAGGCAGCUGCCUGGUGUCAGAGGGGGGCAGCUAAGAGACGAGCCACGCUUUUGUUCAACGAGAUAAGGUGGAAGAACAGAUGAGUUCAAGUGUCCUCUAGCUUCAUCCCUCUCUCUUCUCACAUUCUCUUCCUUUCCCUGCGGUUGCUUUCCCCCCCCUCGACAUCCCUCUCUCUGACUCGAAGCCAAUACAGAUGUUGGGACUUGCCUUCGCCACAGGAAACAAACCUGUUGCCAACGUGUUCGCACUGACUUGAACCGAGGACUGUUACUGAGUGUGAAUAACACAGAUGGCACAUUGUAGUGAAGCUUUAACGCCCAUUUAGGACUGCCCCGGGUUUGGCCUUCUCUCUCUCUCUCUCUCCCACACACACACAAAACACAACAUGAUGAGUCAGUUUCUAACCCCCAGCCACUGGUUCUGGCGUGUGGUCGCGGCAUUUUGCUCUGAGACAAUCGGAAAUGUUUUCACUCAUUUAGCUUUAUCACAACAUGCCAACAAACGCCACAAACACACUACAAGUACACACUCCAAAAACACACUAACUAAAGGAAAAGAGUCAAUAGAAGCAAUUGUUUUGAAACUUUCUAAACGUAGUUUAAUAUUUAUAUACUGGAGCUCCACUGCUACCACACUACUGAGGAUAUGUAAGACUGAUGGUGCGUGAAAUGGACUGAAUUUAUAUAUAGGCAUCGACACUAAUGAACGUUCUGUACCGAUGUUGUCAUUAAUGAAGCUAGUAGGAAACAGUUUGGUGAGAAAUGGAGGAAAAGGAAUCGGGCUGAGGGGAAGAAACACCACAAAUGUUACAUGUUUAUUCUGUUGCUUCCUGGAACGAACAGUAAGCACCUGCCAAUAGGAAUUAUUCUGUAUCUUAUAGUAAGAAGGUGUUCCCCUCUGCCUGACUGUUCAUAAAAUCACUGUGUAAUUACAACUAAAAGUCUUCUGUGUCAGCAGAGAGGAAUCAAGGAAGACUGGUUUAAUGCUGAGUUGGUGUUUUUUUUAUUUUUAUAAGCCAAUGGGAGUGAAGACUUUCUGUAGCGAGCUGGGCCUCAAUUCACUCCUCGUCUCCCAUCAAGCAACACUUUACAAGUUACCUGAAUAAUGGGAAAGAAACACUCCAUUUUCAUUUGGAAAUCGCUUUAUUUAAAAAAGACAGUUACUGAGUUGUGCGGUUACAAACAAACUUGUUCAAAAAAUUCUGGGUUUGUUUUGAAAAAACAAAUGUUGCUUUGUCUUUUUUAUAUGUAAUAAAACAUUUACUGCAUU